CAGACAUCUCAGCUUCUCUAGCCUAAGCUCCUAGUUGAUGGCCUCAGCUGCCUGCACUGCCAAUUUCCCCACGUGGGGCUAGUCACGCAGACAUUCUCAUGACUGGGCACGUUCCCCUGAGUUGGAAGGUCUGUGAAGGAUUCAGCCUGUCUGCCUCCCAGUUUCAAUCUGACCAGACUUGUGCUGGGCAUUUAGCAGGAGAAACUCAAAGACCUGUCCGGGUUUCCUUAGAAAAACUCGGACAGCUCUCAGCCCUUUCCAGGAGCCUGUGGACACCGCCAGAGAUGUCCCCGUUUGGUUGCUGGAGCCUGCCCGCCACCUUCCUCGCCCUGCUCUGCUGCCCAGGGUGUGGUGAGAAGGCCUUUGAGGUAUACAUGUGGCCAGAGACACUGGUGGUUGAGCCCACAGAGUCCCAGCAAGUUAACUGCAGCACCACCUGUGACCAGCCCGAACAGGGUGGUCUGGAGACCUCCCUACGCAAGACUCUGCUAGAACAGGGACCUCAGUGGAAGCAGUACUUGGUCUCAAACAUCUCCCAGGACACAGUCCUGCUUUGCUACUUCACCUGCUCCGGAAAGCAGAAAUCCAGAGUUGGGGACGUCGUUGUGUACAAACCCCCAAAGCAGGUCACGCUGAAGCUGCAGCCCACCUGGGUGGCCACGGGCAAGCCCUUCACCAUCGAGUGCAGGGUGCCGGCUGUGGAGCCCCUGGAGAACCUCACCCUUACCCUGUUCCGCGGCAGUGAGACCUUGUACAAUCAGACCUUUGAUAGGCAAAUACCUGCUCCCCAAGAGGCCACUGCCACAUUCAACACCUCGGCUCACAGUGAGGAUAGACAUUACAACUUCUCCUGCUUGGCUGUGCUGGACCUGAAGUCUCGUGGCGGCGGAGUCUUUCGCAGAGUCUCAGAUCCCCAGAUGCUGGAGAUCUAUGAGCCUGUGCAGGACCGCCAGAUGAUCAUCAUCGUCACAGUUGUGUCGGUACUGCUGUUAUUGUUUGUGACAUCCGUCCUGCUCUGCUUUGUCUUCAGCCAGCACUGGCGGCAGAGGCGGACUGGCGCUUACGGGGUGCGAGCUGCUUGGAAGAGGCUGCCCCAGGCCUUCCGGGCACAGCCUGCAUGAGUGGUGUAGCCACUGCCAUGGUGGUCACUGGGACUCAGUAUGGCUCCUCGGCCCUGUCUGAAGGACUGUGACAAGCAGCAGAGGACACCAGGGACUUUCUUUUCUAGCCUGAAUACAACAAACACCUGGACUUAACCCUGCGCCCUCAAUGUCUCCUCCUGGGGUAAAACUCAGCAUGAAAGGGAGGCCACCAGGGGGUGGACUUCUCUCCCCAGAUGUCUCCCUCAGCCUCCUUCCAGGCCUGAGUGACUAAUUCCUACUGAGGGAGGGUGGGGGAAACACACCCUGGCCUGAUGGGACGGAGGACACUCUGUUCCCACCUGGCCCUCCAGGGCCUAGGCCACUCCUGUCAACAGAGCCAACUUCCUGGGGUUAGGGCCCCAAGGAACUGGCUCUGCUCCUGAGCCCUGCCUAGUCAGGCCUCUCCCCUAUCCACCUCACAGUGGGAGUUAAAACUGUGGAAAACAGAAACAGUCUGCUCCCUCCUCUCCUCUCCUGCCUCACUGCUAAGACAAAAGGAGAUUCCGUCAUCCCUGAGCAAGGGGUGAGGGAAGUGGGAGGGACUGGUCUGGGCAGGAAACAAUGGGGCAGAGUUGUGUUUGUGUUGCUUCUGGGGCCUGGGCAGUGCUCUAAGGCCCACCAACUCCACAGCAGAGAUCAGACUAGUUCAGGAGUUCAGUAGGGUGGAGAGAGGACUGGUUCAUCCAGAAGAAGGCCAGGGUGGAGCUGAGGGAGUCAGAGGGGCUGUCAGCGGUGACAGAAGAGGGGCUAACAAUAGAGGGUCCUGUGAUGAAGAUGAAGGGUCCCAGGGCCAGUGUCUGUCCUCAUGGCAGGCUCUCAGCGUCAUAGUAGUCUGGGGAGACAGCACCCUCAGCUUGACUCUCUCCUGCCUCAGUGGACCCCAAGAAGGAAAAGGGAAGGGGACAGGCCAGUUGUUCACAGAACUGAUGGCAGGAACCUCCCCAGCCCCCAUCAUAGGGCACAUGGCCCUCCUGGCUUCCAAAUCCUCCCCAAGGCCUGAGCCCCACUGCUUACCCACCCAGCCCUACCUGAAGCUGGGGGUACAUCAGGACCCACAGUCCCCGUGGCACUAGGGGGUGGAGGUGGGGGUACAGCUCUACUGAGAUGGAGGAAAGAAAAGAAAGAUCCUAUCAGUGGCCCAAGGGUAACUCUAGGGUAUCACCCGUAAGUGUCCCACCACCAGCCCAGCCCCCAGAAACCUGGCAGCACCCAGAGUCCCCAGCCUCACUUACACCUCCCUUCUAGAGGCAGGAGGAUGGGGCUGAGUCCUGGGCACAUCCUGGGAGUGGGGCUGACAUGCGGGAGGCAGGAGGAAAGGAGAUGACCAGGGCAGCAGGGGGCCUGGGAAGGGCACCAGGCAGGGCAGGUAAUGGUGGUGAAACACCAAAGGCCCUUCCAUCUCCUCCUCCUCCUCCUCCUCCUCCUCUUCUUCCUCACACUCCUGGUGACCCUCCAGGUAGACCUGAGGGUUGUGCAAAACGGGGAGGGGAAAUGAGAGAACAGGAUCCGGCUGGCCCUGUGCCCACACCCCAGCCCCCUAAGUGACUCCCUCCAGAUGUGUAACAUAACAAUGUCUACUGUUUGUUUAUUGAGCAUUUACUACAUGCAAAGCAUUUGGA